GAGAUGCGGCGUCACUUUUAGCGGGGAGUUUGUUGUUCGCGGAAAGCUUCAGAGCCUGAAAGUCUACUAACUAUUAUAAUCAUCCGCCGACAGAUAAUUAUAUGUUAUUUAUAGGUUGUUGCCUAUGAAACAUACGCCUAUUACCGUAUGGUGUGUUCAGGUAAUGUUCAUAUGAAGAAAGAGUUGCACUGAACGACAAACUAACGCGAUGGAGUUGUCUCCUGUCUGCACUGACAGCACCAGCACCGAGGGAUGUGUUAUUAAACAGGAUGGAGGGCGGAGGAGAAGCAAAGUCUCAAGAGAUGUGGACAUCGAAAUUGAGAAUCUUUACAAAGCUAUCCCCCAGCUGGCCAAGGUUUUCCGUAUCACUGACAAAAUCGGAGAAGGUACAUUCAGCUCUGUGUUUCUGGGUGAGGCCCAGAUGCAUGAUGGGAGGAGAGCGAUGUUUGCCUUGAAGCACCUCAUCCCAACCAGCCACCCUACACGCAUCGCUGCUGAGCUUCAGUGUCUCACUGUCGCUGGAGGCAAAGAGAGUGUGAUAGGGGCAACAUAUUGUUUCAGGAAGGAGGACCAUGUAGUGAUUGUCAUGCCUUAUAUGGAGCAUCAAGCUAUCGUGGACAUCAUUGGCUCGUUGACUUUUGAAGAGGUGCGUCUGUACAUCUAUCACCUGAUGAAGGCUCUGAGACACGUCCACCAGUUUGGAAUCAUCCACAGAGACAUUAAACCAAACAACUUCCUGUACAACAGGAAGAGCAACACGUAUGCGCUGGUGGACUUCGGCCUGGCUCAGGGAACAGCGGACACACAGAUCGAGCUCCUGAAGGUGGUGAGGCAGAGGGCAGCACUAAAAGGUGGAGGGUCCAUGGGGAAACAAGACACCACACAGAGGAGCAAAGCACCACCUAGGCCCCCUCCCAAAACCACUACAGCCUCCACCUCACUACCUCCACGGCCGUCAACAUCCUUACCUCAUUCCUCCUCCUCCUCCUCCACCACCUCCUCCUCAGCCACUCGGAAAGCUCUGGUUAAAAAAGCACGUUGUGUCUCCACCACUGUCCCCACCUCCGCCUCUCGCACCAACCACACAAAGGAUCUGUCCGGUCUGCGCAAACAGCCUCGGCCGGUGUUUGGAGAGAGGAACCUGAACAGCUGCACUCCAGCUGCAGCCACCACCAAACCAGCUGCCAUUAAAGCAGAGUCUCUCAUUCAGCUGGUAAAGUCCAGUAAAACAGAGGACCCGGCCAACAGAAGGUACUGUGCGGCCGGCCGGGGCCCGCUGCCUGUCAGGACCCAGAGCGGCGGUCAGAAGCCUCAGAGGGCCGUCCAGCAGGGCCUCACCUGCAGCUGCUACCAGAGCGACCGCGUCUGCAACAUCUGCAUGUCCAGGAAACCUCAGGUGGCUCCCAGGGCUGGCACUCCGGGCUUCAGAGCACCAGAGGUCCUCACAAAGUGUCCCAACCAGGGAACAGCUAUAGACGUGUGGUCAGCUGGUGUGAUCCUGCUCUCGCUGCUCAGCGGACGCUACCCGUUCUUUAAAGCCAGCGACGACCUGAUCGCCCUCACUCAGAUCAUGACCAUACGAGGCUCCAGAGAAACCAUCCGGGCAGCCAAGGCUUUUGGUAAGGCGGUGGCGUGCAGCAGGGAGCUGCCUCGGCAGGACCUCAGGACGCUGUGUGAGACCCUCAGAGGGCGGAGGCCGUCCCCAGAUGAAGUCACACCCCUCCCCGAAGCUAACAGAGACUCCACCUCCACCCGCCUUCACAACAUCCAAGAUGCUACGCCCACACAUCGUCCUGCUGAACAGCACAAAGACGGAGCAGGAGAGAACCCUUCGUCUCUCUCUUCUGCCCUCCCUAACCAGCAGGAAGUCAGGAACUCAGAAACAGACUGUAAGGUGGAGCUGGAUGAGCGGGGCUGGGACAGAGUUCCUGACGAGGCCUACCACCUGCUGGACCGGCUUCUGGACCUGAACCCUGGAACCAGGAUGACGGCGGCUCAGGCCCUGCAGCACCCCCUCUUCAAAGACCUGUGAAAGACUUCCUGCUCUUUGGUUCAGGUUCUAUGAACCAGAUGAUGCCAAGACAAUAGUUCUGCUUAUAAAGCAGCAGCAGAAGAGUCAAUCUGUCACCUUUUUAUAUUAAAUGAUUCUGCAGAAAAGUGUACAUCUUUGGGGAAACUACCUGACCAAGCUGAUACAUCAAAGAUGGAGUUCUCCAAAUGUUUCAUAGAUUUUAAUAUAGCACCCUUUCAGGCAGGCUACUUAUUAAAAGGCCUGCAGUCCAUGUUACAAAGGACAACAAUACUUAAAAGGGCUUUAAGCAUGCACUGUAUAACCCAAAUAUAGUGCACGUGACAAGACAGGAGGAGGGUUGACUUGAGGCAUUAUAUUGACCUCAUUAUUGGCUUUUACAGUUUUACAAUUGAAGGACCCUGAUAGCCUCUGUACUUUUUUACUUGGAAGACCAAAAAAGAACAAUAGGAAACUUAAGGACUCUUAUUAAGGUAGUUUGAGGAGGUGUCACUUAAAUUGUUGUUUGUGUAAACUUAGCAAGAGGGAAUUCUGUAUGUUGUUUACUAUUGUCACUAUAUUACAGCAAUAUGAGAUGACUGUUUCCAAUGUAAUAAAUGGCUUUUAAUUUAAA